GUGGUAUUAGGAGCAAUGUGUUAUGCUAUCUGAUGAUUAGAUGAAUAGAGGAGCGUCAUCAAGUAAAAGCAAGUUAGAUAAAGGAUUUGAUUGCGGGGAAAAACUUCCCAAGGUGAAUUGGCAGCAGCAUGCAGCAGCUUUUGACAACUUCACGUGUCAAGAUAAGUACUUGAGCUCUGGUUUCCUCUACUCCUUGGAAUCACAAAAACCUCAACCCGAAGGAAUGCUGUGUCCAAGGCCUAUGACCUGUAAUAUUCAAAGAAAUGGAAGGCUACAAGGUUCCGUGGUCGAGAAGGCAUGGAAUAUUCUUUCCAGAAACCACUUGACAUGCAGGAAUUAUUUAAGACCUGGAAUAACGGCUUCAGUUCCUAAUCAUGCAAAUCAGUUCCCCUCCCAGGCGUCAGAUUCAUGCAAUACUAUACAAAAAGCACCUCACUUCCAAAAAUCUGGAGCCUCAGCUCAUGAAAAUUUGUAUACACAUAAUUAUGGAUCUGAUUCACCACAUGGAGCGAACAAUGGGGUUACCACUUCUCUAAAUUGUACAAGGAAUUCUUUCAUGAAUGGUGGUAUCUGCAAUAAUAAUGUUGAUGCAGCUCCAAACGUGGUGCAACCGGGUAUGAGAAAAAUGCAGGUUCCCUGUGGUUCCUCUAAUGAAGGUUUGGGAACCCCUCACAAUGCUUCGACUAAGUAUGGGGAUAAAUAUGUUGAAGAAAACUGUGAAGAUGUUAUGAAUGAUGAUAUUUUGGAGAAUAUUGAUGUAGACCAGAUAGUUAUGGAACACUACCAAAGCAAUGGCACACCUGAAGGAUCCACAUCUAAAUAUGCGGCUUUUACUCCAAUGGGGUUGACAAGUAAUGUCACAGGCCCCUGUGAAGAAACCAUUCCCUUGGAACUACGUGAAAACUGUUGUCAUGGAUUCAAACUCGGACUUUGUCCAGAAGCAACAACUCAUAUAAGGGAGAUGAAGGACAGACUAAUUGCUAUAUCAAACGAUCUUCUAGACAAUGUUGAGCUUACUUCAAUGCAGAUUGAAGAUCUUCGCCAUGAGCGGUUGCAUUUGAACAAACAGAUUCAGCAACUUGAAAAAUAUGCCUUCUGCUCAAACCAAGAUGAUGAAAAGCACAUAUCACAUCCUAUGACCUCGACAAUUGCUGCCAAGAAUUCCCAACCUGGAACUCCAGUAAUGACAUCAGGAGUAGAUUCAUUGAGCUCCUUUUCUCAAGUUCAUAUAAGAAAUGAAGCAGGAAGCUACGGAGGUUGGAGUACUCCAAUGCAGUUUUCUUCCAUGGAUAGGCUAAAUUCUCCACUACCACCAGCUGAAAGAGAAAUAUUUACUCCAAAGCUUCUGGACAUUAAUUAUACUGAAGGUUCUGUUGAUCCGAAGUGGAAGCGUAUGGACUUUCCAUGGACGAAGAAACUUGAGGCCAACAACAAGAAAGUGUUUGGAAAUCAUUCCUUCCGCCCUAGUCAAAGAGAGGUGAUCAACGCGACAAUGAGUGGUUGUGAUGUUUUUGUUUUAAUGCCAACUGGUGGGGGAAAGAGCCUAACAUACCAGCUUCCUGCUCUAAUUUGUCCAGGAGUCACGCUGGUAGUUUCUCCUCUUGUUUCACUUAUCCAGGACCAAAUAAUGCAUUUGAAACAGAGCAUAUUGCAUUCUGUUGAUUUUUUAGAUAUAACAAUGAUAUUGUGAUUAANCGCCAAUAUGGAGUGGACCGAACAACAGGAAAUCUUUAGAGAACUAAUGUCCAGUGUCUGUACAUACAAGUUGUUGUAUGUUACUCCAGAAAAAGUUGCAAAAAGCGAUGUUUUGUUGAGGCACUUGGACAGUUUAUAUUCUCGUGAAUUACUUGCUAGAAUUGUCAUAGAUGAAGCUCAUUGUGUAAGCCAAUGGGGACAUGAUUUUAGACCGGAUUAUCAGGGCCUUGGCAUUUUGAAACAGAAGUUUCCCAAUACUCCUGUGCUGGCCCUAACUGCUACAGCAACCGCUAGUGUCAAGGAAGAUGUUGUUCAAGCUCUUGGCCUUGAGAAUUGCGUCAUUUUUAAACAAAGUUUCAACCGCCCAAACUUAUCGUAUUCUAUCAUGCCCAAGACAAAGAAGUGCUUGGACGACAUGGAUAAAUUUAUCAAAGAAAAUCACUUUGAUGAAUGUGGCAUCGUUUAUUGCCUUUCAAGAAUGGACUGUGAGAAAGUGGCUGAAAAAUUGCAGGAAUAUGGACACAAAGCAGCAUUUUACCAUGGUAGCAUGGAUCCCCCUCAGCGAGCUUAUGUGCAAAACCAGUGGAGCAAAGAUGAAAUUAAUAUAAUAUGCGCAACUGUGGCAUUCGGGAUGGGUAUCAACAAACCUGAUGUCCGUUUCGUCAUUCAUCAUUCCCUUCCAAAAUCCAUAGAAGGCUACCAUCAGGAGUGUGGACGUGCUGGUAGAGAUGGUCUUCGUUCAUCUUGUGUAUUAUAUUACUCUUAUGGUGAUUACAUCCGAGUCAAACAUAUGCUGACUCAGGGAGUCAUUGAGCAAACUCCGUUAGCAUAUGGUUCAAGACGGGGUGCUUUUACAAACAAUGAUAGAGUACUGGAGACAAAUAUUGAGAACCUUUUGCGGAUGGUUAGCUAUUGUGAAAAUGAUGCAGAUUGCCGACGGCUAUUGCAGCUUAUACAUUUUGGCGAAAAUUUUAGUCCAGAAAACUGCAACAAGACUUGUGAUAAUUGUUUGAAAAUGUUGCAUUGGAUCGAGAAAGACGUCACAGAUAUUGCUAAACAACUGAUUGAACUUGUGAAGUCAACAGGACAGAAACACUCCUCAGCACACAUUCUGGAAGUAUUUAGGGGUUCUUUGAACCAAAAUAUAAAGAAGUACAAACACGAGACACUCAGCCUGCAUGGAGCUGGUAAACAUUUAGCCAAAGGUGAUGCUUCCAGGAUAAUGCGCCAUUUAGUUGUUGAGGACAUUCUUGUGGAAGAUGUCAAGAAAAGUGACCUUUACGGAUCUGUGUCAUCUAUCUUGAAGAUAAAUGAGUCUAAAGCAUAUAGUCUUUUCUCUGGCAAUCAGACUAUUGUUCUGAGGUUUCCUGCUGCUGUAAAGCCGUCUAAGUUGACACCAGCAAAGGGAUCACUGCUUCCAGAAAGAAGUCUUGAACAGAAUGAAAUAAAUAAUUUAUCAGCGAAGCUUUAUGCUUCUUUGCGUAUGCUUCGAACUAUACUUGUAAAAGAAGCUGGUGAGGGGGUCAUGGCCUACCACAUUUUUGGAAACGCCACAUUGCAGCAGAUUAGCAAGAGAAUUCCAAGAAACAAAGAAGAACUUCUUGAAAUAAAUGGCAUCGGAAAGGCAAAGAUAAACAAGUAUGGUGACCGAGUUUUAGAUACCAUAGAAUCUACAAUCAGGGAGUAUCAGAAGACAGUCAAGAACAGUAGCAGCGGUAGCAGCAAUGAGAGUGCAGAUGCAGCAAAGAGAAGGAGAGAAUCAAAAGGGUCCCACUCCAAUGCGCUCGAUGACGAUUUUGCCCCCACCACUACUCAAUCCAAGAAACGAGGACCAAAGUUGGGGUCUAAUAGUAUAUCAACAAACUAUGAACGUUGUAUAGAUGUUGAUUUGGAUGGAUAUGAAGAAGAGGUUGAGGAGUCUGCUUCAAGAACGAAGCAGCAAGAAUCCGGCAGAGUCUUGCCUCGGUGGUCAAAAACAGCAAGCAAACUGAAGAAUGGUUCUGUGAAUAAUUUAUUCAAGGAUUAUAUGUUCAAGAAGUAGUCUCAUUUCUUGCAUUAAAUGGAUGAAAAAUUUUGCUACUAACUUCAAGGUGUGUGGUUUGCUAGAUUGCGCCGUUAAUGGAACUGUUUAAUUUUGGUCGGAGGAGGUUAAUGUUAAUGGUUCUAGUGGAGAAGAAGCGUCAAGGUGUACAUUUUGUAUAAUAUAUGAAGAUUCUGUUAGAAUGCCGCUUCAUUUGUCCUUGUGAAAGAAAGAGCUAUCAUCUUCAGCAAUGCCUUCAAAAUCUUUCAAGCUUUUCGUCACAUUUGCCAUCAUUUAUAGUUAUUAUCAUCCCAAUAGUAGAAUGAUAAGCAAUACAGCUCUUGAUUGCGUGUCUUCAUUUCAGGGAAGAUUUUUCUUUUUUCGGCGGAGAAGGUGACGUACCCCGACCUAAUUGGCUAAUGGGCCCAAAGGUGCUUGAUAAACUGGACCCAUUAGACUGCUUGACCGGUUUUAGUCAUGACUUUACGGGACUGUUUUGUAUGCAAACAGAGCUUUUUAGCAGUGAAUACUGCGAAGGGAUUCAUAUUUAAAUUGGUUGAUUUUCCAACAUUGUAAUUAUGAAUAUAAAUUAAUUUGUGAUUCGUAUAGUCA